ACACAUCGUCUAUAGACAGCGUCCGGCUAACACAUCAGUUGUUAUUCCCCCAUCGUUAUCAAACAAGACAACACGUGAACCUAUAAAUCUGUUAUUAAAAUAGCCACAGGUGCACAAUGGAGAGCAUUUCAUUGAAGGAUCCGUUAGUACAAUCUUACAUAUAUUAUUCGGCUGUUCUAGCAGUCAAGUUGCUGGUGGUAACCGUUUUAACAGUACGAAUGCGUUUCAAGAAAAAAGUGUUCGCAAACGAAGAGGACGCGAAGACGACCAAGAACAGUAAAGUGAAAUACGACGAUCCCGACGUGGAGAGAGUGCGUCGUGCCCAUUUGAAUGACCUUGAGAAUAUACCGGCGUUUUGGAUACUCGCCGCGCUGUACUUGACCACGGCACCGGCUGUAGCGUGGGCUAAACUACUUUUCCGCGUCUUCACAUUCGGAAGGAUCAUCCACACUGUCGUGUAUGCUGUAAUACCAUUACCACAACCGGCAAGAGGUAUAGCAUUCGGCAUACCUUAUCUGGUAAACAUGUAUAUGGGUGUUCAAGUGAUUAUGCAUUAUGUAUCUGCUAUGUAAUAUUGGCUGGGACUUUUUUUAUUGCCUCAACUAAUAAAUAUUUAUAUCUGUG